AUGACGACGAUUUCGACGACGAUUUCGACGACGAGACAGUUUUGUCCGUCAUCUUCGCGUGGGGGGGGCAAAAAGAUUUCGAGAGAUUUUAUCGUCGAGAAUGCACGGCGUCAAAGGCGACUUAAUAAACGACGACGAGGCAGAAGAGAUGAGAUGAUAAGGAACCAAGCGGUGGCGGAACCGAGGGAAACGACCGUGUCGUACGACGAAAUCGGCUCCGACCCGGCGAAAAGAACCGUCGUCAUUCUCGGGUCCGGGUGGGGUGCGGUGUCCUUCGUGAAAUCCUUGAAGAAAGAUAUCCCGUUUGAAGUGAUUUUGGUGUCGCCGAGGAAUUAUUUCUUGUACACGCCGUUAUUACCAGGCGUGGCGACGGGCGCGAUUGAAACGAGAUCGAUCGUCGAGUCUAUUCGACGUCCAAUCGCGGAGAAAGGGUUCAAGUAUUACGAAGCGGCGGCGACGGAUAUCGACGCGAAGAAUAAAAUCGUCACGUGUCGCAAAGCGAACAACGAGUUUACGUUGAAGUACGAUUAUUUAAUCACCGCGGUUGGGGCGGUGACGAAUACGUUUGGCGUGCCUGGAGUGGAAGAGAACUGCUUGUUUUUCAAGGAGAUUUCGGAUGCCGCGAGGUUUCGAAGUCAAGUGAACGAAAGGUUUGAACGAGCGACGCUGCCGGGGAUUUCGAAAGAGGAGAUCCAGAAUUUGUUGCGGUUUGUGAUCAUUGGCGCCGGGCCGACGGGCGUCGAAUUAGCCGCGGAGUUGUACGAUCUGGUGUAUCAAGACGUCGCGAAGACGUUUCCGAGACGAUUGUUGGAAGAUGUUUCGAUUAACAUCAUCGAUUUACAGGAGAAAAUUUUAUCCUCCUACGAUCGAGAAAUCGCCGAUUACGCCACGGACUUUUUCAAACGAGCGAACAUCAAUUGCAUUUUGAACACGCAAGUGAAAGAGGUGAAAAGGAACAGUUUAAUCGUGGCAGAUAAGAAUACCGGCGAAGAGAGGGAAAUUCCAUGCGGCAUGUCCGUGUGGUGUUCGGGAAUUAAACUCAACCCGAUUUGCGAAAAGAUACAAAAUAGCUUACCGGAAGGCUCGCAGCCGAACGUUAGAUCUUUAUCCGCGGACAAAGCCAUGCGCGUGAAAGGUUCAGACGGUUCAAUUUUCGGUUUAGGCGACUGCGUGACCGUUGAACGUCCGAAAUCGAUGGCGAAAGCGCAAGAAAUAUACGCGAAAGCCUGUAAAUGCGACGAGGACGGCAACUGCGAACUCCAAAUUAACCUCCCGACUGCCAUCAAAGCCCUGGAGCAAGGCGGUAAAGAUUUCCCGCACUUGAAAGAGAUGGCCAAAUCUGCCACGCUAAGCAUAGAUGUAUUCAAAUCGUACACUCAAAAACGUGACGAGAUGACCAUGUCUGAAUUCAUGAAAAUGUGCGAAGCGUUGGAUAACGAAUUGCGCGCUUUCCCGGCUACCGCGCAAGUGGCGAAACAACAAGGAAACUAUUUAGCCGAAGUUUUCAAUAGCGCCAAAGAAAACGGAUUCGAAGCCCUCCAAGACCCGAACAUGAGAUUCAACUACGAGCACAAAGGUUCGCUGGCGUACAUCGGCAAGGACUCCGCCGUCGCCGAUAUCCCGGGUUUUACCAUCUUGAAAGGCUUAGCCGCCGGUUUGGUGUGGAAGUCGUUCGAAACCAUCAGUCAAGUGAGCAUUAACAAUGUCUUUAAAGUCGGCGCGGAUAUCGUGCGAACGAAAAUAUUCGGGAGAGACAUUUCCAGACUUCUGUGA